AUGACUAUUGAACAAUCAUCCAAUUACUCAUUCGGAACUAGAGCUAUUCAUGUUGGAGCUCCUAUUGACCCAACUACAGGUGCAGUAAUUGAACCAAUUUCAUUAUCAACCACAUUUGGUCAAUCAGAACCUUCAAAACCUUUAGGAAUAUAUGAAUAUUCAAGAUCUGCUAAUCCAAACAGAGAUAAUUUUGAACAAGCUGUUGCUUCAUUAGAAUCCGCCAAAUAUGCUAUUGCUUUAUCUUCUGGUUCUGCAACUACUGCUUUGAUUAUUCAAUCAUUACCAGUUGGAUCACAUAUUAUUUCAGGAGGAGAUGUUUAUGGAGGUACUCAUAGAUAUUUUACAAAAGUUGCAAAUACUCAUGGUGUUAAAGCAACAUUUGUUGGAAAUUUAGUUGAAGAUUUAGAAUCAAAUUUAACUAAUGAUACAAGAUUAGUAUGGUUAGAAACUCCAUCGAAUCCGACUUUACAAAUUACAGAUAUUUCGAAAAUUAAAGAAAUUGUUGAUAAACAUGAAGCAAAAACUGGGAAUAAAAUUAUAAUUGUUGUUGAUAAUACCUUUUUAUCACCAUACAUUUCAAACCCUUUAAAAUUUGGAGCAGAUGUAGUAGUUCAUUCUGUCACAAAAUAUAUUAAUGGUCAUUCAGAUGUUGUAAUGGGUGUAUUAGCUACUAAUAAUGAUGUUUUACAUGACAAAUUCCGUUUUUUACAAAACGCAAUUGGUUCAAUUCCAUCACCUUUUGAUUCAUGGUUAGCUCAUAGAGGUUUAAAAACUUUACACUUAAGAUUAAGACAAGCAUCAUAUUCUGCUCAAAAAAUUGCUGAAUAUUUAUCAUCAUCACCAUAUGUUAUUCAUGUGAAUUAUCCAGGUUUAAAAGGUCACAAAAACCAUGAUGUAGUAUUAAAACAACAUAGAGAUGGAUUAGGUGGUGGUAUGAUUUCAUUUAGAAUAAAAGGUGGUGCUAAAGGAGCUUCUGUAUUUACAUCAUCUACCAAAUUAUUCACCUUAGCUGAAUCAUUAGGUGGUAUUGAAUCAUUGAUUGAAGUUCCAGCAAUUAUGACUCAUGGAGGUAUACCAAAAGAAGAAAGAGAAUCAAAUGGAGUUUAUGAUGAUUUAGUUAGAGUUUCUGUUGGUAUUGAAGAUACUGAUGAUUUAAUAGCUGAUGUUGAACAAGCUUUACAAAAAGUUAAAGGAUUGUAA